AUGCGAGUCUUUGGCUACGGCUCGCUCAUCUACAAGCCUCCCCCUCAUGUCGCUCAUGCUACACCUGGAUACAUCACAACGCACAUCAGACGCUUCUGGCAAGCAAGUGAAGACCAUCGCGGUACGCCAGAACGACCCGGUCGCGUCGUAACACUGUUGAGCAGAGCUGAAUUUGCAGCUUAUGGCAAAGCUGAAGAAGAACGAUUCAUCACAAAGAAACAGUUACAAGACGACAGUGAUGAUGGUAUCAAAACUUGGGGCAUGGUGUACACCAUCAUACCAGAACGCAUUGACGAAGUGCGCGCGUAUCUGGGUAUUCGCGAGAUCAAUGGCUACACGCUAGAUCAAGUUGAUGUCUUCACACCAGAGGAAGGCUGUAUUCAAGCAGAAGUCUUCAUUGGCACAACGGAGAACCCACAAUUCACCGUGCAGACGGAUCUCGACUCGCUUGCUCAGCACAUCUUGGACAGUCAGGGCCCAAGUGGACCAAAUCGAGAAUAUCUCUACUUGCUAGAGGCUGCGUUGCGUACCUUGGCUCUAGGCAGCGGCGAUUUGUACAUUGAGGAUCUGACGAAAAGGGUGAGGCACUUGGAAGAGGUUUCUUUGGCAAGGUCGUGA